AUGGUUUAUCGCAUAUCUGUCUCGAUGAAGAGUCGUUUAUUGACCCAUUCAAAGCAUAGUCCUGCUGGAUUCGGGGAAAACGAAGCAAGUGGAUAUGUAGUGAUCAUCGUUUCGAAUGGCAAAACUUCCGAAUGCAAUCCGCCAUUGACUGCCGACAAUGAGUUCACCAUUUCAGAACAUGACUGGCGACAUCUUGGUGUGCGAAUCAUUUACGUAGCAUUACGAGGGACACCAGGCUUCAAUAUGGAUAAUAUUGAACAAAUUGCUGAAGACCCUGCAAACAUUAUACCAGUGGAUGACCUGAAGACAUUGAGUACAUCUGCUGCGGAUGCUGCCUUAAUGAAGUUCCCACCUGCCGCAUAA